AUGGCACCCAUCUUCAAGCUCCUCGCUCUUCUAAACCUCUCCCUACACGUAGCAGCCCAAGGCACCCAAUUCAUCACCGGCGAAUGUGCAUCAGAUGCUGAGUGCGCCUCCGCGUGCUGCGGCUUCACAUCCGGGAAAUGCGCCGCACCCUUCGUAGCCAACGAACGAGGUGAAGGCUGCGGCUUUGGCGACGCACAGCCAAACAACAAUGCUCUGAAUGGCGCAGGUGGAAACGCCAGUGCGGAUGCACAACCAGACGAUGCUGCUCCCGCUCCCGCUCCUGCCGCCCCUCCUGCGGAGAGUAACACUGGAGCUGCGGCUCCGGCAGCAGCAG